CCCAGAGCUUGAAUACAUCUGUGAUAAAUUCCAGGAGUUUAACACAGUGUUCCAUCAUACCUGACCAUUGAACAAGUUACCUGUUCGAGAACAUCACAGACACCAAUCUUCAAAUGCUCAUUGGCUGUGAGAAUGAACAUCGAUGUAGUGGCGCGAAUACGCCCCUCUCGGAGACCAGAGCAGGGCCUCAGGCUACAGAUCUCAGAGGAUGGGAAGACCAUCUACACAGCCUCAGGUGGAGGAGCCUCCUGCAGAUUUCAGGAGAUCUUUGACCAGAAUGCUUCCACUCAGGCCAUUUUCACCAGGACCGUGCAGCCCCUGCUCAGCGUGUUCAUGGAAGGAAUGAAUGCCUGUGUUGUUGUAUUUGGUGAAACCAACUCUGGCAAGUCCUACACAUUGGUUGGAGAAGAGAAUGAUCGAUUAGCAAUCAUACCUUUGACAAUUGAUUACAUCUUUGGUGCACCAUACCUGCAGAAGUUACAGGCCACUGCGAUGUGGUCUUUUUCGAUAUCCAUGUAUGAGAUUUAUGCUGAAGUGGUGAAGGAUUUGUUAGACUCGAGUGGAACGGACCCUGCCAAUUUAAAGAUCACGUGUAAUGCACAAGACGGCACAUUCAUAAAGGGAUUAAACCGCGUCACCGUCUCCUCAGCAGCUGAUGCAACAUCCACCUUCCGCCAAGGCUGGGCACGGCGCACAGGAGCGAACACUGACUUCGGGCCCGCGGAGAGCCAAGCCACUGUUAUCACUCAACUGAACCUACUGGUGCAGGACCGUAAUGAUCUGCAUCCCACCAAGUCAAGUCUGCAGCUCAUUGAUCUACCAGGAGCGGAGAAGCUUGCAGAGGACAGGAAUACCUUACAUUUUCAAGAUGGCUCCUUGCUCAACAUGUCACUUCUUGUGUUCGCUCAAGUAGUGAGUAACCUGGCUAACUCCCCCAAUCCAGACAGAGUUAUUAACUACAGCGAAUCCAAGUUGACCCAACUGACGCAAGAUGCUUUUGGAGGCAACUGCAAAACUCGGGUCAUUUGCUGCCUACGUCCGGAGCCAGAAACGCAGCCACUGGCCGCCAUCUUAAGAACAUGCUCCACUCUCACUCAAGUGAAGAACUUCCCCGUACUGAAUGACUACUUUGUUGAGUCACUGAUAACCCAGUACCGAGCACGAGUCUUGGCAUUGCAACACCAGUCAGCCAACGCAAUGGGAACCAAAGACGCGAAUGAGAAAGUCAACACACUCAAGGAUCAGAUUCGUCGAUUGAACAAUGAAAACGUGCAGCUACGAGACAGGAAUGAACGUUUAUACAACAAACUGGGAGAGCUUCAGGGGAGGAUGGGACAGAUGGCCGGAUCAAAAAGUGAUCUCUCCUCCAAACUCGUGUUCAGUGAGGAAGAAAAACUGAAGAUUUCCAAGGAUCUGAUUGAUUUGCAAAUCCAGACAAACAAGAUUCGGGAGCAAUAUGAAGCUGAGAACUUUGAGCUAAAGAAUAAGAUUUUAUUCCUGGAGAACAGAACAAUGGAGCUAGAGUUGCAGAAGGACAAAUGUGCCCAUGAGUGUCAAAUGGCUAAAGAUCGUCUGAGGGCAGUGGAGAAAACCCGUAAGGAACUGGCAGACGAGUACAUUGUUCUGAAGAGCAAUUUUGUGACCCUGAGUAAACAGCAUGAAAAUGAGGUGACAAAAAAUGAUGAGCUGAGCUUGGAGCUAUUGACUUUGGCCAAUUCUAAGGAUUCACUGACCAGGAAACAGGACGAGUAUGCAAAAUCCCGAGCCAUUUACGAUGAAGCUACAGCCGAGUUAAACAGAGUAAGGGAUCUUGUUGCCCGGCUCAGUAGCCAGAAGAUGAAGCCUGAAGAAAUGUUCAUUUCUGAAUCUGAGCGUGGCACUCUUGAAAGAAAUUUGCUAGGUAACCAGGAUCAGAUCAAAGAACAAAUAGAAAUAAUGAAGCAAACCCACGAGAAACAGCAAAAUGCAAUGGAAGAACGAAUAGCAAAGAUGGGUAAAGAACUUCAAGAGGCCAAAAGAGCUAUUCGAAACACCCAACACAAACUAGCAGAGCAAACCGUGGCGCUGUUAGGUUCGCAGAGUCACCUGAAGGAAGUUGAAACUGAGAACUCUCAGCUGCAGCUCCAUCUGAAAGAACUGAACGAGGAAUAUCGCAUGCGGCUCGUCCGUUACAUUGAAGACGUUACGGAAUAUGUGGAUAACACAGUGAAAUCUGGCAAUGACAACACACAACCCUCGGCUGACCAGCCUUACUUGAAGAGAUUUGUGGACAGCAUGCUAAAGGACAUUCGAUCUGCCUACAAAUCACGGGAAGAACAAUUGGCAACAGCAGCUAGAAACUACAAGAAACGGAUGCAAAAUAUAGUCAAGAAGCACGAGCAUCUUUUGAUUGCGUACAGAAUGCAGCGGGAACAGAUUCUAUCAUCAGGCAGCAAGGAUAUGGACCCCGGCCCGUCUGAAAUAACCUUUGUGAUCACUGACAGUGAGCUGUUGUCCAAACAGAGCCAGGAGCUCAACAGGCUUCGGGAGGACAAAGCUCACCUCGAGGCAAAACUCCAAGAGCUUCAAGAGAGGGUGAGACUGGGUCGGAGUGCACCAGUCAUAUCUUCCUCGCUCCUAGAGACUGAUGGGAAAGCAAGUAGUGAAAACUGGAGUGAACUAAGGAAACAGCUAAAAGAGUUCACAUUUACUACUCAGGAGGAGUUGGAACGUGAACGUGCUCAGUUGAUCUCACGUGUCACAGUUGCUGAGGAGCAGUUGGCUGAACUGCAGGAGUAUGUAGAUAAGCACCUGGGAAGGUACAAGCAGGAAAUUACCCGCCUCCGAAAACUGGUUGGAACUGAAGUCCCAAGAGCAGCCAGUGCUGAUGUUAUCCGUCAUUAACCUCCUUGGCAAUCGCACAGGAUCCUCAACUCUGAAAUGGAAGUCUCACCCCCCUGCUGUCACCAGGAAUUUUCUGAGCAGUUAUUUGGAAAUGAAAGUUGUGAUUAGUAAAAUAACAUAGCAUUUUUACUGACAGUGUGCUACAGCAAAAUAAGGUACUCAUUAUUUACGGUCUGCCACACGGGAUGAGACAGUGGUUCUACCAUGUGCAAGUUAACUUAUUCACAAAUGAGAUUAUUUACACAGGAACAGGAGAAGGCAAUUCAGCCCUCCAUACCCAGCUGAUCUGGACUUCUGCGCAGCUGCCUUGAUUCCAUAACCUUUAAUAUCCCUGCCUAACAAAUGUCUUAUCAAUCUCCGAUUUGAAAUAUUUAGUUUAUCUCCAGCUUCAGCAGCUCUUUAGAGAGCAAGUUCCCAAUUUCCAUUACUUUGGCAUCAACUGGGAAAGGCUAGGUUUCUAAUUAUUCCCAUACACUUGGAUCCUACUCAACGGAUUCAUUGGAAACCUGCAUUCAAAUCCAGGUUUCUAGAAACUAAACUGUUGCAAAAGUAAAAUCAGUUUUCCUUCUCAACUUCUCGCAUUCAGGAUUAUUAUUAUUCUGUGUGUAUAUAUAUUUUUUCUCAUUAAAUCAUUGCCUGCUGAAGCACAUUAUCAUAUCAGAUUCUCAUUGAAAUAUGUUUCCGGUCUGACCACCCAUUUUACUCUGUACAGACCAGUUCAUAUUCAGAAUAAUGGAUAGGUAGAUGUGAUUUUAAACCAGCAAUCGCAUUGUAUGGUCUACAUAACAUCGUUAACUACAUGGGGAACUAAUGCCUGACUCCAGGAUGACAUUAGCCUUGAAAUCAAUCCAUGAGAGCCAUUUUCAUCUUGCCAUAUAUGCCAUGAAAUUAUUGGGGCAAGUUUUGUUCCAUUUUAUUUAAUUCUGCCAGUGGCAAAUGGUAAAAUGGACAGUAAUGUACAACACAAACUGUCAUCCAUUAAUUUAAACUGGGAUAUAAUUAUGAAUUCUUAAUGUACAUCCAACUUGAUCACAGGGAAAAUAUCUGAACAUGUAUCCUGUGUAAAAUAAUAUCAAUUAUAUCAGACAUCAUGGUGAGUUUUUCUCCCAACUACAGAAACAUGAAAGCCAACCAUUUUAAUCCUGUGUUUCCUGUUUCAAGAUGAAUUGCCCAAGCCUGAGAAGAUUCCUUUCAAACACUUGGAUAUUAUAAUGAGCAGAAAAUACGCUUAGUCAAUUGUACAGGAAACUCUGAUAAAUUUUAAUCACUGAAAAUUGUAGACAUUAGGAAAAUUGGUUUAUGUACUGCAAUUUGUAAGAAUAAAUUAUACAACUUAGCAUGAAACUUCUCACUCUGCCUUCCAGCUCUCUUUGAAUGUUUGCUUUUCCAAUCAGUGAAUUUCAUGUAGAUACAUUUUAAUCAACCUGUCUUGACCUAUUAUUGCACACCUCUGGAGGAGGUGGAAGUUGAACACAAGUCUCCUGGCACGGUGACGGAGAUGCUAUCACUGUACCAUAGAGGUGUGUUAAUUAUGUCAUUACACAGCCAGUGUUUAAUGGAGCACUAUUAACACUCCCCUUAUCUCAGACUGGAGUUAAACAAGGAAUUUCCUCCAACUGUAUUGUGAAGCUAUGUCUGAGCAUGUUUAAUCAACCUGGUAAAAACAAUAACUGCAGAUGCUGGAAACCAGAUUCUGGAUCAGUGGUGCUGGAACUCCACCCUCUCCUCCC